AUGUUUUUAGCGGUCACUGCGUUACUGCUACUCAGUACCGGUUUAGCAGGUUCAAUGCCUGGUGGUCCAGGCGUCCCAGAAAAUAUAACGGUGACAUUUCUCAACCCGACAUCGGUUCGCGUCUCUUGGGCCACAUCCGCUGAAAACGCUGACAAAUAUGAUGUCACAUACAAACCCACAGGUGCCAGUUACAGAGUGGUGGCGUUGGUGGCGGGCAACUCGGAUGCUGUGACCUUGAGCGGCCUUAAGGCCGACACACAGUACCAGCUGACGGUGGCCGCCGUCUGGCGCGGCAAGAAAUACAGAAGUAGACCAAUUGUCUUCCGAACACUAGAGCCACCGCGGACGUCACCGCAACAGGACCAGAUGGCGGCGGCUUUUUCGACGGCGGAACCCGCCACUACCACCAGGGAGAAGGAGACUGGAGCGGCGGGGGGAGAGUCGCCGGCCGAUUUGGUCGAGUACCCCCAAACUAGUUCGACGGUUAGAGGCGUAGAAAUAGGUAUAGUUCUUCUAGUAUUAUUCGUGUGGAUAGCGGCCAUAGCGUUAUUCUUCAAUCGUUGGGGCAAGAUUCGAAUGUUGCUGCCCUACCAACCCGACUAUAAGCAGGAACAGCUGAAGGUGCCCGGGACGGCGGCGUGCGCAGCCGCAGUAGCGUCCGGCACGACUUGUACGCACAAUUCGGGGGAUCACAUUUGCCAGCAGAUCCACGCUCAACCGCCUCGCAAACCUAGAGCGCGCAUGAACAGCGCCAUCUUCGUCUCCAACAGCGGCCCCGGCCUCGAUCCGAAGGAGUUCUUCCGCAGACACGGCUCGGUGUCUAGAUUAUGCAGGAAGGCCAGAAGCGUGGACAACAUCUCCUUGGAGGAGCAGCACUUCGGCUUACCGCAGCUCUCCAUAUCGGGCCCCUCCCCUCCAGAGGACGACGAACGGGACCUGGAAAGGUAUUACGAAGAUAAUAACGGGGAGAUGGAAGGAGAAUAUGAAGGGGAAAGGGUGGAAGGAGAUGAAGAAAGGGAUGAGAUCGCCGAGACCGAAACGUUGAUGCAGCAGGAGUGA